CCCGCGAAACUUCACCUUCAAAACUUCACCGCGAAAUUCAUCACGUAAACCUUCACCCGCAAAACUUCACCUUCAAAACUUCACCCGCGAAACUUCAUCCACGUAAACCUUCACCCGCAAAAACUUCACCUUCAAAACUUCACCUAAACUUCACCAGCGAAACUUCACCUUCAAAAACUUCACCCGCAAACUUCAAAAACUUCACCAGGCGAAACUUCACCUUCAAAACUUUCACCUUCACCUUCAAAAACUUCACCCGCGAAACUUCAUCCUUCACCGUUCAAAACUUCACCACGAAAACUUCACCUUCAAAACUUCACCGCGAAACUUCACUCCAAACUUCACCUUCAAAAACUCACCCGCGAAACUUCACCUUCAAAAACUUCAGCGAAACUUCAACUCUUCAAAACUUCAACCUUCAUUCACCAAAACUUCACAAAACUUCACCCCUUCACGCGAAACUUCACCUUCAAAACCCGCGAAACUUCAACUUCACCCGCGAAACUUCAUCCCACGUACACUUCACCCGCGAAACUUCAUCCACCGCGAAAUUCAUUUCACCCGCGAAACUCAUCCACGUAAACUUCACCCGCAAACUUCACACCUCACAAAAACUUCACCUUCAAAAACUUCACCCGCGCGAAACUUCACCUUCACUUCACCCGCGAAAACUUCACCUCAAAACUUCGCCCGAACUUCACCUUCAAAAACUUCACCCGCGAAACUUCAUCCACGAAACUUCACCCUUCACCUUCAAAACUUCAACUUCAACUUCACCGCGAAACUUCAUCCACGUAAAACUUCACCGUAAACUUCACCGCGAAACUUCACCUUCAAAACUUCACCCGCUUCAUCCACAUCUUACACAUGAAAACUACGAAGAUGACGUGGCCGAUGCUAAUGUGUAUCGUAUUUCGAGACUCCUGCUUUAUUAUCGUGUUAUUCAUUUUCACUUCAGCUACGCAGUCAUGGAAUUCGACUCCAUCAGACCUGCCGAUGCCAGCUUGGGGCGCUAG